AUGGCUGUCUUCUCCUUGCCGAGUCAUGGCGAGGUCCGGGACAUUGGCGGCAGUGCCAUGCGUGAUGCCUGUGCUCAGAUGAUGUACGAGACCUUCGGGCCUACACGCGACCCCAGCAAGAGGUUAUUCGGAUUGGACGAGGCUCUGUACGAUGGGACCGGAUCGCUGUACUGGGCUGAUAUCAUGUCCAAAGCCGAGUUUUACCAGACAAACGAUGAAGCAGUUCUGUUGAAGCAAAAUGGGUUGAGUAUCAUCCAGCGUCUUCCCGAAGGCGUCACUAUGAUCGAUCUUGGAGCUGGGGACACUCGGAAGGUUCGCCACUUCAUCGCUGGAUUCGAGAAGGUUGGCAAGUCCGCGACGUACCUCGGCCUCGACAUCUCGAGAGAGUCAUUGGACCACAACAUCGAAUACCUGGCGUCAAUGGCCCGCGGCCAUGCUGAGCCGAUAGUCACCGUGGCCGGGCUGUGGGGUACCUUUGACGAUUGCCUCGACCGUGUCAAGCAAAUACACGGCCCAAGGUUGUUCUUGUCUCUUGGGUCGGUCUUGUGUAACGACGAGUGGCCGGAAGCCAUGAAGAAGAUCAAGCAAUGGGCAUCUAUCUUGCGUCCAGAUGAUAUGCUCCUUGUCGGCAUGGACGGCCAUCUGGCACCAGCGUAUCGUCAGAAAAUCAAGGUGGCGUACCAUACACACCCCAGGUUGUGGGAUGCUUUCUUCAGCCAUGGUUUCAGAAUGAUGAACGAGUAUGCCGGUGAGGAAUGGUUCCGCGACGAAGAUUGGGAGCGGCACGUCGACAUAGAAUGCGACGGAGUUGACCAGUCGACACCGUCAACGUCAACCCGGCAUCGCUUUUACUUUUGCGCAAAGCGUGACAUCGUCCUUGGGACAUCUGGAGGGAUAAUCCAUGAGGGGGAGGAGAUGGACUGGUUUGAUUCGCACAAGUGGCGUCAGUCCGCAGUUGAAACCAUGUUCAGUAAGGCUGGACUUGUCGUCACUCAGGUCUGGCAGGCGCCCAAUUCGGAGUUUCGACAAUACCUAGUGAGACAGCCUAAUGCGGCGGAUCCACGAAGCGACGCCGACAGUGGAGUGUCGGGCAUUAACUGA